GGGCUCCCGGGCGGCUGCCCGCUAUUCAGGCCCAGGUACGAUCUAAGUCUGGAGGAAAUGAGAGCUUUGACAGUUCAGAGAGUGAAGUUCACCUUGGGCCUGCCUCUGUUAAAACGUGCAUUUCAGGAACAGGCAGAGAAAACAAAGAAUUUCAUCAGUCGAAGCCUCGUCAUAGGAGAAGUCCUCUCCACAGCAGAUAUGGCCACAGCAGUAAAGUGUGGAAUAAUUUAUUGGCUAUUCGGUGGUGUGGUCAGGAAUCUCGGAAGCCCAGGACAUGUAACUAAGUGGCUUCAGCCACUUCAGGAGCAGAAAUACACUGGGAUGUUUGCAAUGACUGAGAGGGGCCAUGGGAGCAACGUGAGAGGGAUCCAGACUGAAGCCACUUUUGACCUCUCUGCACAGGAGUUUGUGAUCCACACCCCGUGCGAAGAGGCUGAGAAGAUGUACAUCGGAAAUGCCAUGCACGGGAACUAUGCCGCGGUCUUUGCCCAGCUCAUUGUGGAUGGACGGCCUCAAGGGCCCCACUGCUUCAUCGUUCCUGUCCGCGAUGAAAACGGAAACUUGUACCCAGGAGUGAAUGCAGCUGAAAUGAUGUACAAAGAAGGUCUGCAUGGUGUGGAUAAUGGAAUUUUAAUAUUUGACAAGGUUCGGAUACCAAGGGACAACCUGCUGGAUAAGUUCGGUUCGGUGACUCCAGAGGGGCAGUACCGUUCCCCUGUUAACAACAAGAGUGCAAGAUUCAACGCGAUGCUGGCAGCACUGACCCCUUCGAGACUGGCCGUGACUUUCCAAGCUAUAGGCGCCAUGAAGCUUGGGUUGACGAUAGCCAUUCGCUACAGCCACAGCCGGAGGCAGUUUGGGCCCAAAGAGAAAGACGAGGUCAGGAUCAUUGAGCACCAAACGCAGACCCUUCGGCUGAUGCCUCACCUGGCCACGACCUUGGCCCUGACCUUCACCAGCAGGUAUGCCGGGGGCCUCCUCGACAAGGAUGUCUUCCAGGGGAAGGAGCUGGUGGACAGCCGCGCGCUGCAGGCGCUGGUGGCCGGGCUGAAGGCCUACAGCACGUGGGAGAACAUCCGCUGCCUGCAGGACUGCCGCGAGUGCACCGGAGGCAUGGUUGUGGUGCGGGAACUGCUGGCUCAACACACCAAGCAGUAUGAAGAACGACUGCUCGCUGGCCUGCUCCGAAGCUGGGCUGAGGCUGGGGGCGACAGGCUCAGAACCAGUUUCCUGGCGUUGAACUUGGACACCGUCGGUAGCCUCAUCUUUCUGCUGAAAGCGGUGAAUUUUCGGGAAAGGGUUCUUCAGCGGGGGUUGGUGGCCAGGAUUUAUUACAAGGUGGUGACCAGGAAGGAGGGCUUCUUCAGUGCCUGGAACUCCUGUCUGCACCAUGUCUCCUCCCUGUCUCUGGCGCACAUUCACAGAGUUACUUUAGAGCAGUUCUCGCUGGCAGUGGGGCGCUGUCCCGACCAAGAGGCCCGGGCUCUGCUAAUGAAGUUUUGUCUGCUGUAUGGAACCAAGCUGGUGUUCCAGGAGCGAGCCUGGUAUCUGGAACGUAAAUACUUGACUCCCACGGCGAGCACGAGGAUUAGGAGCCAGUUGCUGGAAUUGUGUGCCUCGGUGAAGGAUGAUGCCCUGAGGGUGAUCUCUGCCUUCAACAUUCCGCACACCUACCUGCCCGCGCCGAUCGCUGGAACCACCAACCCGCAGGCCACCUGGGCCUUCUAUCCCGCGCCGCAGCAGCGCGGGGCUCGGGGAAGGGCGAGCUCUAGGCCGCCCAAAUCCGCAGCCAGGUUGUAGCGGGCGUGGCGGCGGGA